UCUUCGUGCCCCCUGAGAAAGAUUAAGUCACUGAAAUUGGCGGCGAAAAGUUAUUUGUUUCGGUCGGGGGUGUUUGUUUACUUCGGAGGUCGAGGGGAGUGACCCUUCGAGGGCAGAGAUUUCCUUCGGCUUGGACCCUUUUUGGGCCUGGCUUUUUGCUUCGGGGCCUAAUUUUAAUUUCAAAUGCAAAAUUGGUUGAUUUUCGAAAAAAUGGCCGCAAUGUCGUCGUCAGCGGCUUUGUUGAUAACAUGCACACAUUAAUUUUAUUGUUUCCGAAAAUGGCCUCCCUCGCACUAACGCUGCGGCUGGCGUUGCCCAAUUAAGUUAAGUGCGUCACCAGAUUACGCUUUGUCCUAAUUCCGUCGGGCACCAUCUUUCUUAUGCGACCUCAAAUCGAUUCAAAUUGCAUUGUUUAUUUUUCCGACACAACUGCGCUUCAGGAUUCGGUCCAAGCAGAUUUCGAUGAUGUCGGCGCCCGUCGAGAAGAUGGAAGUAGACGGAGAGGCGGUCGUCGACCUCAGUGUGGGAAAUCCUGCACCAAAACCACCAAGUGAGAACGGAGAGGCAGUGCAAGACUUGAGCAAGAUCAGUGAUGCGGCCGCCAUGAGGCCGCCGGCCUCGAGAGUCAAAGAUUAUGAAGAGCAGCACCAUCCGAGGCGCAACCUGCGACCACGCAGGGAGAGGAGUUAUGCCGAAAGUCCAGACAUAAUCGUCCUGUCUGACGAGGAACCCAGAAUCAACGGAUUCGUCAACGGCUACGAAAGUGACAGCGACGAUGCUGAAAUGCCACCUCUGCCUCCCAUAAAGGAGCUUUCAACAGAAGAAUUGGCAGAGAAAGAACGGCUGAUUCGCAAAUUACGGGAAGAGCUGCGAAACGAAGAGAUGAAACUAGUUCUGCUGAAGAAAUUGAAGCAGUCGCAGCAGAUGAAGGAAAACAUUGCGGUGUUGCCGCCCACAACGCAAGCCCCUGCUGUCACCAAACUCACCCCCUCAGUCACCCUGACGGCCAAGCUGCCGCCCCCUGCCCAACAGGCGCCGCAACAACAGGUGCCCCAGGCGCUGGUCCGGAGCUCCAAACAAACCCCCGCACCUGCCGCUCUGCCCCCUGCUCACAGAGGGCAGUACGGUGGUUCGUCCUCAGGACGGUACGACCAAGGCGGCCAAAGUCGGGGGCAGAACUUGCCGCCUCCCCUCAUGGGCAUGGGCGGCCGAAACAACGCCGCCGCCAUGCAGCAGAAUCUGCUCAUGGCUCAGCAGUCCCUUCUCAGAGGGGGCACUAAUCUGGUCGGGGGCAGAGCCCCUGUCAACACACCCCCAAAUGUUGUCAUGGGAUACCCCUUGGGGGCGGCUGAGCGCGCCCCCAAGGAAUCCCACCACUCGCCGUCUACCCAGCAGGAGCGAAGUCGGCAGGAGGAUAACCAAACACCAGCACAAAGGCAGGCAGCAGCUAAGUUGGCGCUGCGCAAACAGCUCGAGAAAACUCUUCUACAGAUUCCACCUCCCAAGCCCCCUCCACCGGAGAUGCACUUCAUCCCAAACCCGUCGAACGCAGAGUUCAUUUACCUGCUGGGUCUGGAGCACGUGGUCGACUACAUCACCCGGGACCAAAAAGCGCCGCCGCCUCCAGACCCAUUCCAGUGCUCACAGUGCGAGACCGACUUCACUCCGGUGUGGAAGUGGGAGAAGAGUUCAAAGAGCGACCACAAGCGGCGCCAGCAGCUGACCAUGGGUCACCAGACCUCGGGCAAGGAGCUGCGGGUCAUCUGCGAGCAGUGCGUCACCACCAACGUGAAGAAGGCCCUCAAGGCCGAGCACACGAACCGGCUCAAGACGGCAUUCGUCAAGGCCCUGCAGCAGGAGCAGGAGAUCGAGCAGCGCAUGGCCCAGGGGGCCGAGUCCCCGGCGCCGGCCGCCCCCUCGCCCAAGCCCCCCACGCCACUCAGCCACGCGCCGACGCCCCCCACCCCCUCGGCGGCCCCUCCGGCCCCACAGCCCCGCCAGCAACAGGCGGCCACGCCCCCCACCCGGGCGGACCGCGAACGAGAACGGGCCGAGCAGGCCCUGGCCGCCGCGGCCGCCCAGUUCCCAAAGUUUGCGGACCCGUCCAAGUUUGCGGCCGCGCUGGCCGCGGCCGCCUCGAACCCGGCGGCCGCCUUGCAGGCUGCCCACCAGCAACUGAUGCGGCUGCCCCAGCACCAGGCACCCCUGCCGGCGCACAUGAUGCCCUUUUCGCCCCUGCUCUACCCCUACCAACUGGCCAUGGCGCAGGCGGCCGGCGGCAAGGGCCCCGUGGCCGCCGCCGCGGCCAACCUGGUGGAGCUGCAGCGGCAGGCGGCCGAUCUGCAGCGGCAGUACCUGCUCGACAUGAUCCCCUCCAACUCGAUGCAGCAGGGCCGCGGGGGCAUGAACUGGAAGACGUGAUCUGCACCCUCGCCCCCGUUUCCACCGAGUCUGCUGCAGACCGACCAAUCCGACUUUCCACCCCAGAACCUCACGUGAAGCCGCGGCCGACGGAAUUUGUUCGAAGAGAAAAAUGCCUGAAUAUAAUUUACACUUCAUUGAAACUCAUUUUAAUAUUUGUUGAAAUAAUUAAUGAAGUGUUGCAAAUCCACAUCAAAUAUGUUCAAAUUUUCUAUCAAGAUUUUCCUCCCGAAUGGAUUUCGGUGGCCGAAUUCGAGGAGGUGCCCACCGGCUCAAAAUCUGUCUGCGUGAUUGUGUACAAUUUUUGCAAAAACGUUUUUGCUAGUGGUUUUCUCAUCUACCCUCUUCCUUCUCAGCACUCUGGUUUUCACGACUUGCGACUCGUUGGGUUGGGCUCUGAUUGUGAUACUCUUUUCUAUGAUGAUUUUGAACCCCAAUUGUUCCCGCUCUUGUUCAGCAAAUAGUUCAGUCAACUUGAUAUUUAUUUUUCCUUGCAACGGCACCACUUUUGUAUUUUUGUUUAAUUUAUUUUGCGUUCAGACGCACGUCACCAGAUCAUUUUUCAGCCAACUGUAUAAACGAGUCGUUUGCGCAUUACUAAAAUAAAAAAAGGAACACUUUGGAGUGCUUUGGUGGUUUUCGACGCGAGGUGUGUCGCUCGUGUCACAGUUGCGAAUCCACUAGGGUGUAUAAUUGUACUUGGUAAGAUUUGAAAUCUCUUUGUCUCACGCAUCAUGUAUAAAUCGUAGGGAAGGAAACUGAUUGUAGAUUUCUUAAAAUAAAGUACUGUGAAUUCUUUUAUUUAUA